CCUACUUCCACCCUGUACCUGAAUAACGAAUAAUAUACGCAGGGCAUUGGCGACUUCAUUAUUUUCUCUUAUUGUAUCACAGAUAGUCUGUUGUUAUUUAUGGGGCCGAAGAUUACUACCAAUAUGUCAGACGAUCAGGUACGCGUUAUGUUAUGGAUGGUUCCACGCAGUCUUGCAACGGCAGUUCUGAGGUCCAUGUCUAAUCUUGACAACGUCAAACUUAUCAACGAGCCAUUCGUCUGCGCGGCGUCUCUAGGCCCUGAUCGCGUGACAAGUUGGAAUGAUGAAGCCAUCAAAAUCCUCGACAAGACCCUGGAGUCUUUGGCUGGAGACGCUAGUGACCAUAAGCAGUACACUUUCAGUUGGGUGAAAGAAUCUCUGUUAGAAGCUCCUUAUACAGGAAAGGAUGUGGUAUUUUGUAAAGACACUUCGGCUUCUCUUGUAGGAAAACUUAAUUGUAUUCCAAAAGGCUAUCGUCACACAUUCAUCAUACGUCACCCAAACAAGGUUUACAAGUCAUGGAAAGAUGUUGUGACAAAAUUAGCAGCGGGUGAACAGGAAUCCCUAGGUCUAGACACCAUGUUGAAAAUGUCUGGCGCUGAGGGAUAUGGUUACGAAGAGCAUUAUAGAUUAUAUGAGCAUGUUAUAUCGAUGGGGAUUGAAACUGAUCCUGUUAUCAUUGACGCAGACGACCUACAAACCAACCCCGAAGGAACGCUUCGAAAGUACUGCGAGGCUGUCGGUAUCAAAUACUCUGACAAACUUUUGUCGUGGGCAGCCAAUCAAGAUGCAGCCGAGGAUUGGUCGAUGGCCGAACUUCAGCUAAAGGGUCACAAGAUGGUGGGUACAUACACAGCAGCGUUUGAGAGUGUAGGCUUCAAAAAAGCCGACAACAUGGACCCACCAGCCCGCUCCGAGCUUUCAGAUGAUAUAUUGAAAUGCGUGGAUUAUGCAAUGCCUUUCUACGAGAAAAUGCUUGCUAAAAAAAUUAUCUCCAUAGAUAAUAGUACCCAUCGUGUACGGAUUUCCUGCACUUAAUAAAUUAAGUGUUUCAUGUUAUGUGUUAUGUAUCCAAAAUAGUACUAUCAUAUUAUGAAUAUUCAUGUUUGCCAUUAUGAAAGCAUUAUAUUGAUAAAAAUGCGUUUGUAUCAAUAAAUAGUGAAACUGAAACGUUAAUGAUUAAUAUACAAACAAUGAUCAUGCAUGACAUAUCGUUUUAAUGAGGCAUAUAACCUAAGCUAGAAUACAAAGUAAUUUCAUUUUUUAUAGAUAUUUAAAUACUAUGUUUUAUUCUGGCUGGAAUUUUUUUUUUAUCAAGCAGUUUUUCAUUAAUUGUAAAAAAAAAUCCAAAAUUGUAUAAAAUUUAUCUUUGAAGAAUUGUUAUUUCACUUUGUGUUAUUUUCAAUAUGUACAAUAUUACAUUUGCUUUCAAAUAAUUAUGUGUCUGAA